CCAAAUCUGCAACAUUAAACUGGAGAAUUCAAGGGGAAGCUUGCAAAUUUCCUCAACCAGACUUCUUCACUUGUUACCUCCCAUGGCGGCGACCUCUUCUUACUCUGUGCCUCAGCAUAAGGUGUUCAUCAAUUUCAGGGGAGACGAGCUGAGAAACAACUUCCUCGCCCACCUCAAAAGAGCCUUGAAAAGCGGCGGGAUCAACGCCUUUGUAGACGAAGAUGACGGAGUCGGUAAAGAUAUCAACGAUCUCUUCCAGCGGAUCCAGGAGUCGAGAAUCGCGUUGGUGAUCUUCUCCAGCAGGUACACGGAGUCAAAAUGGUGCUUGAACGAGCUCGUCAAGAUCAAGGAAUGCAACCUUGUGAUCGUUCCCAUAUUCUACAAGCUUGAUGUAAAUACAGUGAAAAAACUCGAGGGAGAUUUCGGCCGGAGGUUCUGGGAUCUGGUCUCUAUGAAAGAUCAUGUUUACAAGGUCACGGAAUGGAAGGAAGCUUUGGUCUUUGCUGCAAACAAGAGAGGCUUGCCCUACGACGGAACGAGAGACGAGCGUGAAUUCAUCGAUACAGUCAUUGAGAAAAUAAAGGAAGUUCUGACGGAGAUUUCCUCAAAGGAAAGAGGACCAGAAACAGGGGACAAGCUCAUGAUACCUUCCAUGAAUAUAUCCACAGGAAACGUGGAGAAGCAUGACGAUGUCAUGGACGUAAGCCCUCGUCCCCAUACGCUCCCACGAGACAGAGAAGAGCCUGAAAUAGUAAUGACUUCUAUGGAUGAUCCGGAGGGAAGUUCCGAUGAGAGCUUGUCAUCCGGAGAGACAGAAGAGCCUGAAACCGUUCCUCUCUUUGGAAGCGAGAAACGUCUCCAGCAAUUGGAACAGAAGCUGGAGUUGGGACGGAAGAGCACUCGUGUUGUCGGAGUUGUCGGUAUGCCUGGAAUUGGUAAAACAACUCUCGUCGAGAUGUUGUUCCGCAAGUGGCAAGACAAGUUCCGGAGCCGCAUGUUCUUCAGAGACAUCCGAAGAAAGUCGAUGAUUCGUAGCCUUCACUGGAUGCAGAAGACACUCCUGCAAGAGUUGCUGAAGGAAGACAAUCGCGUUAUAGAGUAUACAGAGAACAUGUUUGAACGUUGGAAGAAUGAUCUACUCAAGAGGGAGGUCUUUAUCGUUCUCGACGAUGUAGAUAGCAAGGGAAAGAUUGAGUUUCUUCUCGGGAAACUCAACUGGGUCAAGAAAGGAAGCAAGAUCAUUAUUACAACGACAGAUAAGUCACUGAUGGGAAAACCGGUCGAGGAUACUUACGUGGUCCCAAGAUUGAACGAGAGAGACAGCUUAAACUACUUCUCCUGUCAUACAUCUGAUGAUUCCAUCUCUUAUCCACAAGGAGCUGCUUUCAUGUCGAUGUCGAGACGAUUCGUGGGUUAUGCAGGAGGUAACCCAUUGGCUCUGAAGGUAUUAGGCAAGGAGCUUCGUGAGAAAGACGAGAAUCAUUGGAGAGAGAGACUGAACACAUUGGCAGAAAAACUCAGUGAGAAGAUUCAAGAAGCUUUGGGAACAAGAUAUGCCCGUCUGUGGCCACCAGAGAAAGAUGCUUUCCUUGACGUUUCGUGUUUUUUCAGAGCAGAGGAUGAACCCUUUGUGAGAAGCAUGGUGGAUUCGCCCGGUCCUGAGUCUCAGAGCGAACUCAGAGUUCUUGACAAUAAAUUUCUGGUUGAUAUAGCUGGUGGCCGAGUAGAGAUGCAUGAUCUGAUGUAUACAUUUGGCAAAGAACUGAGUUCACAAGAUCGUCGUAGGCUGUGGAACCAUGGAGAUGCCAUCGGUGCUCUGAAGAAUAAAGUGGGAACAGAGAUUCUGAGAGGUAUUUACCUCGACACGUCAAAAUUACCAGAAGAAACGUACAUAGACAGUGAUGCCUUUGUCGAGAUGCGCAAACUCCGGUACCUGAAAAUCUACAAUUCUCAAUGUCCUCGGGACUGCGGAGCUGACAGCAAGAUACACUUCCCCGAUGGACUUAAGCUCCCUUUGGAAGAGAUUCGGUAUCUCCAUUGGCUGAGAUUUCCAUUGAAGGAACUUCCACAAGACUUCAACCCGAAGAACCUUAUCGAUCUCAGGCUUCCUUACAGCAAGAUUCAACUAGUCUGGAGAGAUGUUAAGGAUACAUCAAAACUGAAGUGGGUUGAUCUCAGUCACUCGGGUGGUUUCUGCAACUUGUCAGGGUUAUUAGGAGCUUCGAAUCUUCAAAGGUUGGAUCUUGAAGGCUGCACAAGUUUGGGAAACUUACCCAAGGAGAUGCAGACCAUGAAAAGUCUCGUUUUCCUGAACCUGAGAGGAUGUACCAGCCUCCAGGUAGUUGAAGAAAUGAAUAUGGAGUCUCUGAAAACUCUCAUCCUCAGCGACUGCUCCAACCUCGAGGAAUUUCGGGUGAUUUCAGAAAGUCUAGAAACUCUAUACUUAGAUGGCACUGCGAUAAAACAACUCCCUCCAUCCAUGGAGAAGCUCCAGAAACUUGUCUUGUUGAAUUUGAGGUGCUGCAAAAUGCUGAAGGAUCUUCCUGAUAGUCUGGGGAGUCUGAAAUGUCUUCACGAGCUAAUUCUUUCUGGUUGCUCGAAGCUUGAGAGUUUUCCAGAGGUCUUGGAGAACAUGAAAUGCUUGGAGAUUUUACUUUGUGAUGGGACAGCGAUAAAAGAGAUGCCUAAAUUGCGUCCAACCAAAAAGAUCAAUACCUCUUCCCCAAACAUAUUCCCUCCCCAAAGUAGAAACAAUAUGAUCCCUCCGAAUAUAUUGCCUCCCGGUAUCAGAAAUACGAUGGUCCCUCCCAUGGUUUUACCUCCUGGUAUCAGAAAUACGAUGGUCCCUCCCAUGGUUUUGCCUCCCGGUAUAAGAAAUAAUACGAUCAGAAAUAGUGGAAGAGAUACCAGAGGUAUCUCUGCGGGGCCACGAGUUGUUAACCGGUUUUGUCUGCUGAGACAUCUAUGCUUAAGCAAGAAUGAUAUGAUCAGAAGCUUGCAGGUUGACAUCAGUGAACUUUACCAUCUGAAAUGGCUUGAGUUGAAGUAUUGCAAGAACCUCACAUCCCUUCCGAUGCUUCCACCAAAUCUUCAGCGCUUAGAUGCACAUGGAUGCGACAAGUUGAAAACAGUGGCAAAUCCUCUGUCCCUUCUUCUGCAAACAGAACAGAGUAAUUCCGCAUUCAUAUUUACCGACUGCAACAAUCUGGAACAAGACACAAAAGAUAAGAUCACAUCCUAUGCUCAGAAGAGAAGCCAUUUAAUGUCAGAUGCUGUCAUUCGCUACGAUAGGGGUUCUGUUUCCAAGGCCCAUUUCCGCAUUUCCUUUCCUGGAUGUGAAGUACCUUCGUGGUUCGUUCACCGAGAGGUUGGAUCAGAGAUAACACCGACAUUACCCUCACAUUGGUGCGACGAAAGGCUUUCCGGGAUAGCUCUAUGUGCUGUCAUCUCUUUCCAGGACUACCGAAAUCAAUAUGACAGCAUCCUAGUAAAAUGCACGUGUAAGUUCAGAACCGAAGACCGGUCUUGGAUCUCCUUCAGUUUCACUGUCGGAGAAUGGACAAAACCAGGAAAGAUCGAGCAGGAUCACGUCUUCAUAGGCUACACAAGUUGCUCACAUAUCACGAAACGUCUCCAGGAGCAGUCGAGUAAAUGCAUCCCUGCCGAGGCUGUUCUUGAAUUUGAAGUGACAGAUGGGACGAUGGAAGCAGAACAAUGGAAGGUGGUGAAGUGCGGAUUCAGCUUCAUGAAGGCAGAACCAGGCAAAGUCCCAAGUGAACCAAACUAUUACCAAACUCCAAAGAGUGGUCUGUCUGAAAAAGCAUGGCAUGCUCUUGGUGUCUUCCUUCUGGGUUUAUUUGUCGUUGCUCCCCAACACUUGUUAUCCACACCUAUGAUUGUUAGGGUAAUUGUAGCUUUGGUGCUGUAUUCUUGUUUAGUCGAUCAGUAACAUCAAAGAGGUUUAUUUGAGAGAAA